CUGUAAAAUGCUGUUAUUCUUACAGAUGGAAUUGGCCAAAUUAUGGAGGCUAGAAUAGAACCCCAGAAACUUGGCAUCCGUGCACAACCUCCUGCGCUUACCCUCGUUUAUCGUACUGCCGAUGGGAGGGAGAGGCAGCGCACAAUGCCAAUCAGGUUUUUGAACAAAUAUGGGACUGUGGAGAAAGUUUUAAAGGAGCUGAAGGAAAGACAUAAAGAACAUCUGGAAAAGGUUCCAGAUCUGAGAUUGGAGAAGAUGCUGAGGAUUUUGCAAGAAUCCCAAAAGGGUCGAAGCAUAGAUGAGGCUGUGUCUAAUAUAAGUAAAGACUAUGAUCUGGAUCCAAAUCAGGACCUGAAUAAGUUGAAUGAUGAACAGCUGAACAGAAAGAAGAAGAUAAUGGACGACACUUUCCAGAAAAAUCAGUUGAAGCCAGGUGAUCCAGGCUAUGAAUAUGACAAGCAGGUAGACUUUGACACUGCAGAGAAGCUAGAAGCUGGCUGGGAUUCUUCUGAAGAGGACUUUUGGUCUUAGCACAAGCAUGAAACACUGCCAGUAGGUAGCUGAGUCGUGUCGGAACGGCUGAGAAUUUUCUCGAAUAUCAUUCCUGACAGUCAAUAUAAGCGACUAUUUUCAGCUGUUGUCAACGCCAUUUUUCUUAGUUAUUUCCAUUUUAUGAAGCGUCAAAAUAAUGUAUCGUGGUAUUGAUAUCUGCGCACUGAUAUAUCCAUAUCCAGUCAACUUUUGUAAAGCUUUAUUUGGUAGUAAUAUUUAAUUCUGAACUCCAGUGUCAGCAUUAUUUUGGAGUAUUAAGACAAAACAUCCUCAAAAGAUAAACAAAAGUUUGAUUCACAUGCUAUCACCGAUAGCUUACACGUAUAUCUUAACAUGUAUAUUAAAUGUA